UUGAUCUUAGACGACGGCUAAUGCAGUGAACAUUGUUCCAGUAAUCAUUCAAGCAGAGUAAGCGUAAUAUCUAAUGUACGUCAUUGUUAUAUCUACAGAAACAUCAGAAACAACAGCACAAUCAGCCGAACCUGUAACUCAACAACAAUCGUGUGCACGGUGCGACAAUAAAGAUUUUACCAUUGGUUAUUUCUCUGGAUUCGGAUCUUGUGCUGCUAUUGUAGUACUUGCUGUGUUCCUUUACAUUAUAAGACGAAGGUAUCUAGCAAGUAAAACGCCUCAAGACAAAAAACCAAACAUGGAAAAUCCAACAUACUAUAACACUAGAACUGAUAUAUACACUGUAAAUACCGAGUCAGCUGAAGGGAUUAAUAAUUACGAGAGAUUGAGUAAUAAUAGGACCACGGAUAAUGUAUACAAUGAUCUAGGAACAACAUUGUCAUCAACAUAGGAGAAAUGAGUUUUAGUGAUUUCCUAGUGAAAACAACAAAAUGAAUUGUUACAGUAAAACUUAAUUUGUUGUUUCUGUGGUCAUUGAUGUAUAUUAUUACUAUCCUUAUAUAAUCACUUUGAAAACGGCUUGUAUUCAUGAUAAGCUAGUUGUAGUAAGGGAUAAAACUUUAUUUUAUUCUAGCUAUUUUAACAUGUAAAAUAUGACUAAUGUGUUUUCAAAAUUA